AUGAGCACAACAAGUUCUGACUUGUGCGAGCUUGUGCGCGCGCUACAUGACGCGAGUUUGCGUUUGUGGGAGUGUGCCGGAAGGCCACAAGAAAGCUUUUUGCCUUAUGUUUUACCGAAGUGUAUGUGGAUGUUAUUAGUGGUAACAUGUUCCAUGAUAACAGUUGAUCUGGCUGUUACAGUGCGUUCUGACAACCGCUGAAAACAUAGUAAUGGAUGACAACAGUGCUUGGGACGACCCUGAAGGUGACGAUCUCAUAGCGAAACUUCGAUGUGACUGUGUCGCCGAUUCAAGACCUCCUCUACAGAAGUAUCGGAAUGGUCGGAUUUACGUGUCUGAUUUGUCUAGUCAAAUGUACUGUGAGCAGAAAUUGCUGUAUACGCUCAUCGGAGUUCCUCGUCUGAAGGAAAUGGGCUACGAAGUUGAAGAAGGCGAGAGUCCACAAGUCACUCGUGGUUCGGAUAUCCACAUGGCGAGGCAGCUCGAAGUUCAAGAUGUGAUUGCUGUGGACACAGAGACACGGGAGGAUAAUAUUGCGGUCCUGUUUAUGAAUCUGUUGCAUUCUAUUCGCUCUCUGUUGAGUGGUGAACCUAUUGCCAGAGAAGUGCCUGUGUUUGGAAGAGCCUUUGGCGGCGACAUUUUCGUCAACGGAGUUGUGGAUGAAAUGCGUUGCGACUCAGAUACGCUUCAAAUCGACAUCGUUGAACUGAAAACGACAAUGGGCACUAGGCUGCCAAACACAUCGGUGCGCCACUCGCACCGGUUACAAGUCAUGCUGUAUCAUCAUCUGCUGAGCAACCUUAUUCAGGGCAACGUGGACAUAAAAGAUAUUGAAAAAGGAUUCCGAGUAAAUCUGGAUGUGGAGUUGAGCUCUGUUGUGCUUGAGCUGUUGUCACGGGAUGAGCGGCAUUUGAACUCCCUGCGUCAUCUGGUACCGUUCGUAUUAAGUGCGGUUCAAGCGUUGCCUCUUCCCAGUCAAUUGCUUGUGGAGUAUUUCAGCCAGAAAACCAACACCACGCUGUGUUUUGAAGGUGUUGAUUAUGAUGAAAAGUGGUUGAUGGACACUCUUCAGCAGAUGUUUCCAUUCUGGACUGGUGAGAGGCCUGCGGAAGGAAUUCAAGACAUCGAAGAUGCAUGGAAAUGUAAUUGUUGCCCGUUUCAAAAUAUGUGUGAAUGGCGUCAGGCCAAAGAGGCGGAAUGCAUUAGGCGCAACUCAGGCUGCUUUGUACAAACAAAAUGAAACAUGCAAUAGCAGCUUUUAACUUGUUACAGCAGUAGUGACCUACUACAGCUGAAUGUUGAUCUUUCUUCUUUUGUUACUGCUUAUUUGUACCAUCAUAUUCCUCAUUCAUGAAUUCCAUCAAAUGUAUUUUUAUCAGAAGUCAUUUAUGGCGAAAUAGUGGAAUUAAAUGUGAUGUAAUUUUGUGGAACAAAUAAAUGCAAAUUAAUUAAUA